UCCACCUGCGUACAGCUUUCACGGAUCCGAGCUAGCCAGACCCUCGCUAGAACACAUCGGGAUAUUUCUUCCGAUCCGUUGUGCUCCCCCAUUUCCCCUCAGGUCGAUUUGGUCACUGUGUUUCUCCGUGUAUCAAUGUAUACGACCUCGCCGAGCCGAAGGAUUUCUCUCUCUUGAGCAUGAGAAGGAACACCAUCUCAUCCACAAUCCAACAUCUAAGAUUGAGCUACCAGCAUGCACACUGGAUACAUAUGCUCCAGCAGAAGUUUUCGGUCAGAAAACUAAAGCACAUUGGACCACAGAUUCCCGAACAAGUGGGUAAAUCAGUUUUAGGUCUUCACAGAAUGGAGCGAGAAUGAACAGAGAGCGGCUGAAAGAAAAGCAUGAACUGGAGGUUUAUUGAGGUCAUCUGCUUCCUGUUUAUAUGGGACCAUAUAACAGUUCAGUCUUCCCGCCAGGACCCGUCCGCCGCCGAGCAACAUGUUACCAAGCAGUUUGAUUGGCUCAUCUCCGACCGCGGACCUUUCCACCACUCUCGGAGCUACCUCUCCUUUGUGGAAAGAUUCCGCCAAGGAUUUACAACCAGAUAUAAAAUUUAUAGGGAGUUUGCGCGUUGGAAGGUGAGGAACACUGCCAUCGAGAGGAGGGACCUGAUCCGGAACCCCGUGCCACUUAUGCCGGACUUCCAGCGCAGUGUCCGGUUGCUAGGGCGACGACCCUCCACUCAGCAGUUCAUUGACACCAUCAUCAAGAAGUAUGGAACCCACAUCCUCAUAUCAGCCACCUUGGGAGGCGAGGAGGCGUUGACCAUGUACAUGGCCAAGAACAAGCUGGACAGAAAGCUGGUCAACGCCACUCAGAAUGUGGAGGCCCUGCACCAGCUGGCAUCCUCAUACUUCAUCGACCGAGAUGGCACCAUGCGGAAACUCCAUGAGAUCCAGAUCUCCACCAAUGCCAUCAAGCAUACUUCCUCUGAGAUGUGUCCAGCGUCAGAGAGUUACUGGGGAGAAUGUCCCUUCAGAGAUGUGUCCAGCCACAGAGAGUUACUGGGGAGCAUGUCCCUUCAGAGAUGUGUCCAGCCACAGAGAGUUACUGGGGAGCAUGUCCCUUCAGAGAUGUGUCCAGCCACAGAGAGUUACUGGGGAGAAUGUCCCUUCAGAGAUGUGUCCAGCCACAGAGAGUUACUGGUGACAGAGACUCGCACGGGCCCGCUGGGAUGCAGCAGCUAUGAUAAUCUGGACUCAGUGAGCUCCGUCCUCCUGCAGAGCCCAGAGAGCAAGCUCCAUCUGCAAGGGGAAGGCCCUGCAGGAGCCCAGUCCCUGCACACUGCACACUUAACUGAGAGUUAG